CACGAUUACGUCAUCACCACGCGUCUGCAGUUUACCUCCUCUUCAAGAUCUACAAAUCUUACACACAGAGAAUUAAGUCUGACAUCUUCUCCAACAAGAUCAAGACAUUGCUCUGAUCUCCUGCACACUGUAAGGUGAAAGCCAUGUUGGCAAAAGAGGAGGGGAGAAAACCACAGAAAGGAGGAGGCAAGAAGAGGAGACACCCUGGUGAAGAUGGGAAAGGAGGAGAGAGAAAGAAGAGGGCUGUUGAAGAAGGAGAGAAGGGUCAGGGAGACGGUGGCAGGAAGCGACUGGAUGCCCUGAGUGUGGGCUAUUUCCGCCGAGUCGGGGAAAGACUCAGUGAAGGCUUUGAGGAUAAUGAGGAGAGAGAGAUGUUUGUGGAGAAUGUGCUCUCAGAGGUAAAAGGUAAAGCGACUCUGGUGGCGAUGGACCGGACAGGAAGCAUCACUCUGCAGCGGCUCCUCCCACUGUCCAGUCCUGAGCAGGUGGGAGAGGUGCUGGCUGAACUAGGUGGAGAAUCUGGUUCAGAGUUUAAGGCGGUGUCUUGUGAUCGGUGUGGGGGCCACGUAGUGGAGAGUGCUAUCAGACAGAUGUCCAGGUGGAUGGAGUUAUCACAGAAAGAGCCAUCUGCAGAGGAAGAAGAAGAGGAGGAGGAGACUUGUGGAGUGCUGGAGGCCCAGGUGUUGUCUUUAAGCCAGGUGGUCAGAGACAACAGUGCAGAGAUCAUCAGACAUGUUCAUGGCUCACAUGUGGUCCGCACACUUUUACACGUGUUGGCAGGCUGUCUUGGACCCCCUCGCACAGAGUCUCGUCCAGGUGCAAAAGAACGCAAUGUCGUUCCUCAGCUGACAGACUUUGAGAUUCCUACGUCAUUUUGGUACGAGCUGAAAAGCCUUACGGAAACCCUGAUGGAAAACGUUAAUCUAAGUGUCACAGAUGCUGUUGCCAGUGCAGUGUUCCAGACCAUGUUGACUGUGUGUCACAGGAAACGGCCCAAACUCUGCAACCAGCUCCUCAGACGCAUCAUGGAGUAUUUGACGAGUCGCAGUGCUGCUCCAGGAGUGAGUCCGCUUCUGGUCUUUCUGAAGGACCAGGCCUCUAGUCACCUCAUUGAGACGAUCAUACAGCUAUCCCACAAGGCCCUUCUCCGCGAUCUCUACAAGAACCAUCUCAAGGGUCAGCUGGUCGACCUAGCCCUCCAUCCAAUCGCCAACUUCCCCAUACAGAGGCUGACUGCAUCCUCGGCCAAAUACAAAUUGUUCCUGAGGUUGUUUGAUGAGCUGGUCCAAGGUCUGGAGGCCAUCUUGGCUGCAGGUCACAUGGGGGUUAUCGUCCAACUGGCAGAGAGCUGUGCAGAAAGUGAAGAGAAACAGGACGAGUUGAUGCAGUGUCUCCUGCAUGCGUUCCACUGCGCUGAGCCUGGAUCUCGACACGUCAGCUGCCUCCCUCUCUUCAUGUCUCUGCUCACCUAUGAGGUGUACUACCACUCUGACACAGCAGAGGGCGCCACACAGACAGAGGUCCCACUGUCCUCCAUUUGUUACCAUGGUUCCCGGCUGGUCCAGGCACUGGCCAGGUUCAAGGAGCGCUCCCUCCUCCUCAGCAGCCUGCGCGCUCUGAAUCCUGCAGACCUCCUGACACUGGCCUCAGACCCUGCAGGCAGCCAUGUCCUCCAGGCCCUCAUCACCACAUCCAGUGACAAAGGCAGGGGCAAGAUCCUCAAGAGACUGGAGGGUCUGUAUGUCCAAAUGGCGUGCUCCAGGUUGGGCAGUAGGGUACUGGAAGCCAUAUGGAACAGUGCCUCAGUCAGUCAGAGGCAAAACAUUGCACAGGAACUAGUCCCAAGUGAAAACCAGCUGAGGUCUGAUCAGUUUGCUCGUCACGUGUGGGCCAAAUUUGCCCUCUCCCACUUCGUGCAGAGACGAGCCCACUGGCAGGAAAUUCAGACCGGCGAGUCCAAGAAACGGAAGCUUUUCAGUGACAUUCUUGAAUAGAACAUACAUAUUUGUAUAAUGUUUUAUUGUUAUUUGUUAUAUAUUUUGGUAAAAAUUUAAAUAGAAAAUUCUACUUAUUUGUGUGGUCUUUUAGGCCUUCAAUAAGAAUGUAGGGUUCAAAGGAUCAUGGCAGUUUCAGUCAGGUCAAAACACUUUGGUGCCAUUAUGUGCAGGAAGCAUUGUGUCCUGUAGGGGCCACUAGUGGAGCAUUUAUUCUUUGAGUCUUGUUUUCCCCAUAGUCUAGGUUCUCAGAUGAGCUCAAAUGUGUGAACAUAAAGUCACUUAGAAAACUGUCUGAAACGCUGACCCAAAGACUCACAGCUGGCACUGCUGAUUUGUUUCUUUUUGUCAUUAGAAUUGCUGCUUAACUGUCACUAACAGCUAAUAUACUAAGUAUGUUUACAUACUGUAAAUUAAAUAUAAAAACAGGUUUGUUAGAUUUCAGACAUUUGGGCCAAAAACCCAUUGAGCAUCUGCCAGAAGACUCCAGAUCACAGUAGGUGUGAAGAUUAUCAGAGACCAUUUAAAGCUGUAAUUUACCGUUCAGUUUCUCUGAAUGUCGUGCCCCUUCAUAAUUCCUUCACAGAAACACAAACAAACUCAGGCUGUUAGAAAUCGUUCUGUUACUCAGCAGUGAGCUGUUUUUGUCGCAGGCCUGUUGGAGACACAUAAGCUUAGUCACAGAGGAGAACAUUGAUUAUAAAUUGAUUUGGAGAAGGAGGAGUUUUAUCUCGGCAGAUGCUUCUCAGUGGAGAGGAAGCACGGGGCCAAGAAGCCACACUGCAAGACAGCACGUGUUAUUGAUGCGGGAACAACAACAAAGAGCACCACUGCUCUUGGUAAUAAAGACACUGUCAUGUUCAUUUACAGUUAGAUUUGACCACACAGUCAGCAAGCAGUUCUCCAUACUGAACUGACUGUGUCCCUGUGUAUACCAGGUGUAGAUCACCUCAUAAAAUGGGAACAUUAUUUCAAGAUCAUACAAAACAGUGAAGAUUGACGUGAUGCAAAGAAAUAGAAACUACUCAACACUGUAAUUCAGUCCAAAACAAUAGUUCUGGAAUAAAUACUACCUGUUUUCCACCA